UCUUUUUUAAUCUCCACAAACCAACAAUCAAAAUUUGUGUUUUUCCAAUUUCCCAAGAAACUAAGCUAAAAUGGCAGACAGUUCUGAGAAGAUAAGCUACCACGCUGGGGAGGCCAAGGGUCAAGCUAAUGAAAAGGCUAGCAACAUUUUGGACAAGGCUAGCAACACAGCUCAAUCGGCCAAGGAGUCAGUACAAGAGGCCGGUCAGCAGAUGAAGGCUAAGGCCCAGGGAGCUACUGAGGCUGUCAAGAAUGCAACUGGCAUCAACAAAUGAGCUUGAAUGGAGAGAUUUUUCAUCCCGUUUUGCUUUAGGCAUUGUUGUUCUUGAUUUGCUUGUUUCUGUGUUUGGUUCAAAAAAAAAA